AUGACCAUCGCCAAGUCCGCGCCUCUGCUGGUCGUUGGAGCUGGCACUUGGGGCAUAUCGACAGCACUGCAUCUGGCCCGACGGGGGUACACCAAUGUCACAGUCCUCGACCCGUACCCCGUGCCCUCGUCCAUCUCGGCCGGCAACGACAUCAACAAGAUCAUCUCGUCCGGCCAAUACAGCAACCGCAAAGAUGAAAUGGAAGUCAACGAGAUCCUCGGCGACCAGGCAUUCAAGGGCUGGACCGAGGAUCCCUUGUUCCAGCCGUAUUACAAUGACACUGGCCUGCUGAUGUCUGCCUGCACGCAAGCAGGUGUCGACCGACUGGGUGUCCGCGUGCGACCUGGGGAUAAUCCCAAACUAAAAGAGAUAUCCACGACAGAAGAUUUCCAAAGCCUCGGUCCGCCAGGUGUCCUACAGGGCCGGUUCCCGGGGUGGAAGGGGUUCUUUAUUCGCUCGGGCGCAGGGUGGGCUCAUGCGCGAGACGCUCUGGUGGCAGCAGCCCGCGAGGCCCAGCGCCUGGGAGUGACAUUCGUCACAGGAUCUCCGCAAGGGAAAGUAACUUCCCUGAUCUUCGAAGAUAAAGACGUGAAGGGUGCAGUGACAGCCGAUGGCAAGGCAUGGUGUGCCACGCAGACCUUCUUGUGCGCGGGCGCGAGCGCAGGCCAGUUGCUAGACUUCAAGGACCAGCUGCGCCCUACAGCUUGGACUUUAGCCCACAUCAAGCUCGAGCCGGAGGAGCGUGCGCGGUACAAGGACUUACCUGUGAUAUUCAAUAUUGAGAAGGGGUUCUUUUUCGAGCCGGACGGCGAGGGCGAAAUCAAAAUCUGUGAUGAACAUCCUGGAUACACGAAUAUCUCUCACAGUACGGAUGGCUCUGUCCGCAGUGUCCCUUUUGAGAAAACACAGAUCCCCAAAGAAUCUGAAGAGCGAGUCCGGAAUCUCCUGCGGGAGACCAUGCCGCAGCUGGCUGAGCGGCCAUUCAGCUUUGGGCGCAUCUGCUGGUGUGCAGAUACCGCGAAUCGGGAGUUUAUCAUCGACCGCCAUCCGUCGCAUGCUUCAUUGAUUCUUGGUUGUGGUGCUUCUGGUCGUGGUAAGCUAUUUAUCAAGUUGAUGGUGCCUUCAUUUGACUUAAAUGUGGCUCACCGAGUCUCGCACACAGGAUUCAAGUAUCUUCCAUCUAUUGGUAGUCUUAUUGUGGAUGCGAUGGAAGACAAGGUCCCCCCGAAGAUUCAUGAGAUUAUUAAAUGGGACUCAGACUCCGCGAAGGACAGGAACUGGAAGGACACACUGGGAAGACAUGGAGGGCCGAAUAGGGUGAUGGACUUUCACGAGGUCAAGGAGUGGACGGACCUUCAGCCGAGGAAUAUCUCCAAGCUGUAA